AAAACUGGAAACAUGUAGAAAUUUUGUUUCGAUCGAGGCUGCCAGAUUGGGCGCAGAAAUGAAAAUUUCUACGUGAAUUUGGGCGACUUUUGGCUAUUUCAGCACCAAGUUUCGGUGGUUUUUUGUAUAGUAUCUGGCAGUAAUGGUAUCGGCUGCGUUCUGCAAGUAUUAAGCAGGGUGUUUUCGAUUAUUAGUACGUACAGCACAUCUCGACGUAAGACCACCGCAGGACCUUUAUUCGAAAGAUAAUGGGCCUUGGAAAAUGAAUAAUCUUUAAGAAACUCUGUUAAUCUUUAGUAAAUCGUUUGCGUACGAAAAUAUCGGUAAUCGAUGAUGUCGGAGAUAAUUCGACGGGACGAAUAUUCCCUACUGUCAAAGAGAAUAAAAAUCGAAGGAAAGUCUUUUCCGGACGAAUUACACGAAAUUGAAUCGGAACAAUGUCGGCAAUUACUGUCUCUUCAGUUCUGUGAGUCCGUCCAGUAUAUAUAUAAUCCGUUGGACUACGCGCAGCAAACGCAUCGCAUGUAUCUUAGCAAGUAUUGUUGUGGACCCAAGCGAAUUCUUUUACUCGGGAUGAAUCCGGGACCAUUUGGAAUGGCUCAAAAUGGAAUACCAUUUGGAGAAAUAUCUUGUGUGAAAAAUUGGCUGAAAAUAAGUGGAACAGUUGGAAAACCAGCACAUGAACAUCCACAGAGAAUUAUUCAAGGUUUUGAUUGUAAAAGAAGUGAAGUCAGUGGAAAAAGAUUCUGGGAAUUUUUCAAAGAUAUUUCUGGCACUCCAGACACUUUCUUCAAGUACAGUUUUGUUCAUAAUUAUUGCCCACUUUCUUUCUUAUCCAAAACUGGUAAAAAUAUCACCCCACCUCAGUUGAACGUCAGCACUCGUAAUGACUUGAAUGCAAUAUGCGAUGAAGCAUUGCGUAAAGUGGUGAAUUUACUGAAUGUAAAAAUAUUAAUUGCUGUAGGCAAAUAUGCUGAAGAGAGAGCAAAAAUUGCUCUCAGGAGAAUAAGUGAGAUAACCAUUUGUAAUAUAAUGCAUCCAAGUCCCAUCAAUCCUGCUGCAAAUAAAGGUUGGAAUGAAAUAGUUAAAAAACAACUACAAGAUCUUGAUGUAUUACAUUAUUUUUUGCCAUAAUCAUUAUCUAUUUAUUAUACAUACUUUAUUAAUCAAUCAAUUUUAUAAUUAUUUUAACCUAUUUAUAUAUUGUCUUUUUAAUUUUAAUCCCAAAAAUAUGUAAGAUAGUGAAAUUUUUCAAAUAAGUAAAAUUUAUAAUGUCAAAAUAUGAACUGUGUGUGUAGUGUUAAAUUUAUUUUUAAUUUAGAAAAUAAAUAUUUAAACAUUUUAUUGUCAAAUACAAUGUCUCUAAGAUUAAAGUACAAUCUAUAGUGAUGAUUGCCUCUAUGUUCAAAUAGAUAGUUUUUUAAAAUCUAUUUAUCUCAUGAAUUUAAAAAUUAUUUAUUAAACUUUUAUCUAUUUGUUUUUUGUAGCUUACCAUGUAAAAUAUAAAUGUAUAUAAAGUGAACUGUGCUUAAUAAAUUUAGAAAAUGAUAGGAAGAGACUAAACAAAAAAAGCAUGGAUUCUCCAAGUUAAUUCAAAGGAUUACAUUCAGAAUAUGACAGAAAAUCAUUUAUGAAUGCAAUUAUUACAUAUUUUCAUAUAUAAAAAUUCAUCAACAAUCACAAGACAAGAAUGACAUAUACAAGAUACUAUUAUGUUUAAUUUUAUUAUCUGGUAAAGUAUGUUACAUUGUGUUUUUGGGCUGCAAUUUUCAAAUUGCAGCCCAAAAACACAAUGUAACAUACUUUAUGCACCAAGUUCAAAAUCAGCUACAGCCUGGAAAGUUAUAUUUUAAUUCAAACAUUUUCUCCAAAAUGGAGUUAAACAUAUGACUGGCAUUACUUCAUUGUUAACAGGAAAAGAAUGAUGUACAGGGGUAAGAUACUACUCAAAUCAAGAGCAUAUAUUUUAAAUAAAUUAAAAUAUGACUAAAAAUUGCAGGUUGGCAUUGUGACAAUGUUACAGUGAUUUUGUUGAUUUUUUUUUCUUUUGAUCAGUAAAGUAACAACAAAAGAUAGUUGUCUUGUUUUAUUUAAAUUUAACUAUCAAUACUAGAUAAUUGUAAUGCACAGAGGGUAAAUGCUAUUAUUUAUGGAUUAGUCUAGUAGUACUCAAAAUAAUAUGGUCUAUGGACCACUUAAACCAAAUUAGAUGUGAUGGACCAUCUAUGCCUAUUUAAUGAUACUGGUCAACACAUUGGUUGUCAAAGAAAAAAACAAUGUAGGUUAUAUAAGUAUAAAUAAUAGUUAAUAAGUAUGUAUUUUUGUUUAUGCCAGUUAUUGUAAAUAUUGGGUUUACUUUUCAGAUGAUAAUUUGCUACUUUCAGAAGAAAUUUUCACAAUUUUUCUUAAAAAUUAUCUGGAAAGCAUACAACUAAAACAUUCUUUCUACUGGCUAAACAGUAUAUAUUUGUAUUUUUAGAUUGGAUUGAUGAGAUAAGACAACGCAACACAUGGGUGAACCGUCAAGGUAGUGCCUCUUGGCUGGAUAGAUGUCAGGCUGGCUCAGAAACUGGCUCCUAUUUAGAUGUUACACACAAAAAAACAAAACUAAAAACAUCAUGUGGCCAGUCCGUUAGUCGGGUGUGAAUCCACAACCAACUACCAGUGUUCAGAGGUUUUAUCCCCUCCAUUUGUAUCUUAGGAAAGAUGGACCAUCUAUAUAGUUCAUGCUUCCACAACCACCUGUGGAUAUACUUUAAGAACCAAUGGAUUAGACUAUUAGCCUACUCUGGCUUCAUGAAUCACUCCAUUAUCAUCAUCAAUGAUCAACCACGGUCUCAUAAUAGAAUAUUUUUAUUAUUAUAUUUAUGAUUAAUGAAUAUUUUGGUCUUCCAUCUUCCAAUAUUUCUGUAUCUUUUCAUUUAGAGAAUAUGUUUAAUUCUUUUCUAAUACCUUCAUUUUGCAUAGUCUAGCCUUAUGGAUCUUUUAACUGAUUUCAGAAAUCUCAUCUCUGCAGCUUGUAUUAGGAGUAUUCAUUAUGGAAGCUUGUCCUCCUAUCAAAGCUGAAUUAUACAAAAGCUGUAAAUCAUGAACAUGCAUGUGAACCAAAUGAUUUCAGGAAAGUAACAACUUUAACCUUUUUGUUGUUGUCAACUACAAAUGUCUUAAUUCUCAUUUCAUUUUUAUUGGACAUUUUAUUGGUCAACAUUGUCUUUUAAGAGAAUUAUUUUGUGCCAUUUCUGUAAGUUUAAAAAUACAACUAGUCCCUCUGUUGAUAGAUUUAAAUAGUCUAUGGACAUUGUUCCAAGGCAACAGCUUUCAUUUAAGCCAAUGGCUUUUGCCAUAGAACCUGUAUUAAUGAAGUUGGGGCCAAGAGAAGCAACAAUGAGUAACCUAUUUUGUUAAUAUCACUUUUGAUCAUGAUCUGUUUCCAAGAUUCCAUACAAUGGAUAUGAUCCCUCAAAUAGUUAUUAUAUAUAAAUUUUAUACCUACACAUUAGUAUUUCUUUUAGUGCUUUUUUAAUAGUACUGCAAAUAUUUUAUUGCAUACUAAAUUACUGAAGUAAAUCCAAUUACACGAUUGAUUUGUAGUGUGUUUUCUUUAAAUACCAUGGGAGUAUUAAAAUUUUUAAAUUGUUUACAAAAUUGAUAGUGGUUAUAAACUGACUUUUGUAAGUUGUCAUUUUUUACAUUUUUACUUCAUUGGCAAAAAGAAUAUUUGUGUGUAUUGAUUUAUGGUAUUGAGCAGACAUUAGCAGACACUAUAUUUUCUGCACUUGAAUAUUAUCAAUAUAUAAAUAUUGAAAAAGAUUUGUGAUUAGCAACAUCUUAAAUUUUAUGUAAACCUUGUUAACAUGUUAGAUAACUCAAUCAAGAGCAAUGUGGUAUUACUGUACCUUAAUGUUUGAUCUUCAUCUUUUAGGGAUUGUCUUAAAAAAAAUAUGAAGCUGAAUAUCUUUUAGAGAUAAUCAGAUGGACCUAUUAUAAUUUGCAUCAGAACCUAAGAGUUCAUUACAAUCAAGUCCUGAUUUAGCAGGGCAAUUUAUUGUGGUCAGUGACAGCAGGACACACAAGUCAUAAUAAUAUUUGUGAUAGUGAAUGUCUAGUUAAAUUUAGUAAAGUAUUGUUGAUUUUUUAGGCUAAUGUACUGUACUUUUUAAAAUUUUCAUGGUUGCAAUUACAGUAAUUAAUUAUAUUACAUAAUUUUUAUUUAUGCUAUUGUGUAGUUUUUAAACAAGUAGUCUUUGUGAUUGGUAAUGAGCUAUAUUUUUCAUAUUAUACUGUGUACUUUACUAUAGUUUACUUAUGACAUUGAAACAGACAGAGUAGAGUGCCUGUAUUGCUGGCAUAUUUUCAAGUAAUUUGUGGAUUUACCAUGGAAUUCAAAAUACUAGUUCACAAACCCUCUGUAAAGCUUGUAAAUCAGCAGUUUACUGUACUUAUGUUAUUAAUUAUUAUAUGCAUAUUAUAUACAAUAUUUGAUUUCGUAUUUUGAUUUUUUCCUCUAUUGGUUUAUAAUAAUCAUCUCUAGAACAAUUGAUGAAGUAUAAAAUUUUAACACAUUAAUGACAAUUUAGGGAUUUAAAGAAGAAGGAUUUUGCUGAUUAUGUAAUGAAUAUUAAAAUUUUGGAACCAAGUUCUACUGUAUAAAAAGUUUUACUUGUUGGUUGUGGCAAUAAGAUUUUUAAUACUAAUGUCAGGAACAAAAGCCACUUAAAGUGGUAAUCAUAUUAUUUUUCUUAUAGUUUGAUGAACACCUUAGAGAGCAGUAAUAUCUCCAAUAUUUAGUAGGAAAAAAAUCUAUCAAAUGCAAAAAAAGGCAUUUUAUUCCUUUUUCUUGUUAGUAGUGACCAAGAGAAAACAAAACAAGUUGUUUUUAUCAGUAUUGAAACUUAUCAGACCUACUGAAUUGGGUAUUAUCAGAUUUAAUUAAUAUCUGGAGAGAGCUUGUUUAGUAAUAGUGUUCAGUUAUGUUGAAACAAUUUAUAAUUAUUUGAAAAUGAUCAGCAAAAGUGAACAAUUUAAACUUGAAAUAAAAAUUAAUGAUUUGUGUACAUAAAAAGAAACAAUUAACAACUUUGUGAAGCAUGUUUGUUUUUAGAAAAAUUCAAUGUUGUGCAAUGUCAGCCAUUGUUGUUGUGGAUCUGGAUUCAAAUCCAGUCAAGAUUCUAAAUUUAUCAUUGGUAGUAUAUGUCAGAGUAUUGUUUCCAUUCAUGAUGCUGACUUCUUCAUGAGAAAACUAUGUCUACAAAGGGAAAAAUUGUGGCAGACAAUAUAGCCUUGAUAUGCUGAUAUUUUGUUAACAAGUUCAUAGCUGUCUAGUUACAUGUUUGACUUUAAAAGCAGAAGUCGUGUCUGAUUUUUGAGAUAAAAGUUAUAAUUAAAUUCUUUAUAAUAAUGAAAUUUUUAUAAUAAAGCAAGAUAAUGUACUUUGUACAAAUUAUCUUUAUAGAAUUAAU